AUGGUCAAUGAUGGUCAGUUGCCCAGAUCGGUCGAGGUGAACACCUUGACGAACCUGGGCUUUGCUGAAGAGAAGGUACGGCAGGUCCUAGACCGAAAUGGUGGUGCUCGGGAGCCCAAAUUGCCAAUAGGGGAGGAGUGUGGAACUUCAGCUUCUGUUCAGCAAAAAGAGAUGCGUUGCACGGCCUCCGGAAUCAGCCAGGUUUCACAACUCCGUUUCCGCACGGCCGUGCCGUGCUCAGCUCAGGGCGUGGCUGGCCUCGGCGCCAAUGGCGCCAUGGCAAGUCCCAAAGAAGAGAGCUGGGGCGAUGCCAAAGGGGCGCUGGAAGCAAUGCCAUCCUGCAAGGACGACGACGAGAAGUUAGCCUAUCGCAGGCUAAAGUUGCUGGGCCAGGGCUCCUUUGGCAAAGCUUUCCUCGCGCGAGACCUCGCCAAUAAUGACCUGGUCGUCAUGAAGCAGGUGCAUGUGGAGAAGAUGGACACCAAGGCGGGAGAUGGAGCCCGAGACACGGCCGUGCGCGAGGCGGUCGCAUUGCGCAGGGUUCAGCACCCCAAUGUGGUACGCUUCCGUGAGGUCUUCGUGCGGUCCGGCUGGCUGUGCCUGGUCAUGGACUUUGCCGAUGGUGGCGACCUUUGUGCUGCCAUCAAGGAGCGUGCCAAAGGUGGGGUGCCCUUCGAGGAACCGGCCGUGCUGGAGUGUUUCUCCCAGGUCUGUGAUGCUGUGAGUUUCGUGCACGGCCUGAAGAUGGUGCACCGGGACAUCAAGACUGGCCGCGCCCUGUUGGGCGACUUUGGGCUGGUGAGAUUGUUGGAGUCCACCUGCGAUCUGGCUCACACCCGCGUGGGAACGCCAUACUACCUGAGCCCUGAGAUCAUCCGCAAACAGCCCUACAACUACAAGACGGACGUUUGGAGCUUAGGGGUUCUGCUCUACGAGAUGGCCGCCUUGAAACGGCCCUUCCUGGGUACCCUGGAGACAUUGCCCAAGAUCAUCAUCAAAGGCGAAUACGAGCAAUUAGGGGACCACUACAGUCCAGCACUGCACCAGCUGGUUGCUCGGAUGUUGGUGGUGGAGCCCUCUCAGCGUUUGGACCUGGCUGCCGCCCUGAGGGAAGAAGUACUCGCGGCACCUCUCAGACGUUCACAGGAGGCGCUGGGACUAGCAGAAGUUCCAGAGAUCCAGGAAGAAGCCGAAGAAUCCGAAUGGAUCGGCUACAACACGAUGAUCCGUUUCAAAGAAGCCUCCGAGGCGCAGGCGGCCAAGGGCAUCGAGUUUUCCCCUACUGCUGGCCCCGAAGUGGAGGCAGUUGCCUCACCGGGUGGGCCAGGUUGGAGCACAGCAGGUCAGAGGGAUCCAGACUCGGAGGAGGAACUGGCAGCUUCAGAUGAUAGCUGGGGAUCAGUGGUUGAUCUCUCCAAGGCCUUGGAUGAGUUGACAUCCCGUGGGGCCGGUGCUUCCAGCAGCUCAAGGUGCCCCAAGUUUGGCAACGGCGACAAGCAGCGUCUCAACGUGCCGGCCCUGGUUGUGCCGUUGGUGCAGCGUCAAAUUCGAAGUCAGCACACCCCCGAAUUGCCCCCAGCCCGCAUGCUCAGCUUUAACAUUUUGGGUCCUCAUUGGAUCAAGAAACCUUUGGACCCCCACCUGUGGCGCCUCUGCGGCCCCUGCGCCUCCGGGCGUUUGAGCGGAGCCUGCCGGGCUCUGCAGCAGGGGGCGCCGCUGUCGACGCGCCUGGAGCUGCUGAGGGGUGAGGAACUGCCAGAGCUGGAAAGGCUGCAGGGACCCUUGCAAGUGGAGGCACUGAUCCAGACGCUUUCCACGGCCUGCCCUGAUUUGCUGGCCGGUGAUGGACAAUGGCUCCAUUUGUUUCAACCCAUUUGCUCGGGUAGCCCUGGUGCAGCCGAUGCGUUGCUGCUGACAGCCGCCAGGGAUGGGCAACUUGCUGCAGCUGCUGCGGUGUGGGCUGCGGCUUUCCAAAAGCCUUGCCUGGCACGAGUCCUGCUGAGGCUGUCUGGCGAAGUGCGGCUGUCGCCUUCCUUGAGGCGAUUUGUUCGAGUGCUGUAUGAACAAAGUCCCAAUGAGGACGACUUUUUCGAAGAUUUGCUGGAUGGACGUUUGCCCCGAGUCAUUUUUCAUUUGGCCCAAGGGGUCAACGUGGAGGCGACAGGGCCCGCCAUUCACCGGAAUGAUGUUGGCUGUUGCAAGUGGACGCCACUGGCAGCUGCCGCCGACAUUGCAGCACGGCGCACGCAGGGGCUUGUCAUCAGCAAUGUGUUGCUGGCCGCCAGGGCCGAUGUGAACCGACCUUGCCCUGGGCCAUGUGGAUGGACCCCCCUAAUGCGGGCGGCUCUGUCAGGGGCUCCUGCUGAAAGCACCUUGAAACUACUGGUUCAAGCUGGAGCAGAUGUGCGGAUGCGGCAUGAGAACGGCGACACCGCGCUGGACAUGGGCGACAGCGCAUCCUCCCAGGCCAUCCGCCAGGCGCGUGACCAGCGCGCGCAGGUCUACGUGAAGAACCAGUGGACUAAUUUGGAUGAACCUGCGCAAGAGGUGCUGAACAAGGCUGCCAAAAAGGGUCAGAACAAGGCUGUGUUGAGCAACAACUCCAAUGCGGACCUGGUGCAAAUGGUCCACAUCAACAACCACACGGGAAGGAAGAGGCCGCUGCGCUUCAGCGGGGACCUGGAGGCGACCUUUAAGAGAAUCGACCUGCCAAACUCGGUUGCAGGUGGCAAAGCUGCCAUGCCAUCCAGAUACCAGGUCUUCCUUGAAGGAAGUGGCUGGAAGACGAUGUCUCUGAAGAACAGCCGGCAGACUCAGAGAUCUAGUCCCGUUUGGUGCUACUUGGGAGAGAAGGUAUCUAGCAAAAGGAAGGGGAAAGGGGAAGAUCCAGAUGGCAAAGAGGCAGUGCAGGUCUUUUGGCGUCCGCCCCUGACCUCGUCCUCGCAGUUCAGCUUGAAGGAUCUGCAGGCGCCCUGUGGCUUGGCCUGUGAUGACGCCUCCCCAGCCAUCAUCAAAGUGGCCGGCUGGAUCCCUGGCCGCCUGCUGGAGGCUGCUCGAGCUCCCUCGGACGCUGCUGCUGUGCGCUGUGAGGGUGAUGGCGCUGGGGCGUACCCUGCGAAUGGCAGGGAAGGGCCAAGGGAUGGCUGCAGUGAGCCCCUGGUGUUUCAUGGUCGCGGCGAAGUCAGCUGGAGCGGCCUCCUCUCCGUGGCACCUUCGUCCCGGCUGCGCCUCAACGGUCCCAGCCAGUUCCGCCUGAGCUGCGGCCGGGCGCGGCAGGCGUUGCCCCAUGCGGUGCUGGUGGUGACGGAUGGAGGGGAUGACCACGUGUUCCAAUGGUUCGAAGUUUCUUUCCGUCCAAGAACCAAAUCCGGUUCGAAGGCUGAGUCGCCGUCAGCAACUAUAGAAGUCUGUGGUCCCAGGAAGGAGGGCAUCAAUAGCACCUGGCAGCCGCUGCGUCAGGACCAGGUCUGCGGGCCGGAGCGCUGGCCCUUGGUGGGGCCUCUGGGUGAUGGCUGGGUGACCACCCAGGGGACAAGUUGUGCGGCGCCCAAGGGGUGGAGGAAUGCACCAGAGCGGUUAAGACCAGGUGGUGCUGAUGUAGUGCCUGCCAUGUCUCUGUUGGUGAUCAUGGCAGCCGUGCCUCCAGAGACGGGGGUGGGCAGCAUGACACCCAACUGGACCCUGCUGGCUGCCUUGGACGAAGCGAUCUACCGGCAAAUGGGUCCCAACUACGAGUUGCGCGUGGUGCCCAUUGCAAGCGAGGACCAGCUUUCCAUGCUCCAUCCUAGCCGUGUGACCCCGCUGCUGCAGCCAGCCACGGUCUGUGGGGUGGUCUAUUUCCUCAGCCCUCAGCGCGUCGCGGGAGACUUCCGCACCAAGAAUGAUAUGGUGCAUGAUGCGCCCCUGUUUGGGCUCAUGGAGGCACUGGAAGAAGCUGGGCUGCCCACCGUUUGGCCGCACCCCUCGUAUCUAUACCGCACCUUGGCGGGCAAGGAAUGGCCCUCGCAGCUAUGUUUGUCGCCUCAGUACCACGUGCCCCUCACCGUGCGGGUUUCACGGCAGGCCGUGUUAACCAAAGGCCAGAGGGCGGCGGAGGAAGCGUGUCAAGCCCUGUGCAGAUUGAGGGAAGCCAUGGGCAGACCACUGAAAUCAGCUGGUGUACGUGCGGCGGUUAAGGUGGGCUACUCGUGGCGCUCCUCCGGUGUGCAGCUCUGCCGUGAUGAUGUCAUGGACCUAUCGCGUGCCUUGGCGAAGGCCGCAGCCGCAGGCCAACACGCUUCGUUCAUGGUGCAGGAGUUGAUUGAAGGAGUUCUGUGUGAGGCCAUGGUCUAUGUGAUUCAUGGUGAGGUGGCGGGAUUUCCGCAGUACUACCGCUUCCCAGAGCACCAAGCGCCCCCGCAGUACAUGCCCCGCAAGUCUGCGGUGCAACUUUUGGGCGGCGAAAUGGCGCAGCAGAAGUGUGAGGAGAGGAUGCACAGCAUAGUGCAGCAGUGGAUCUUGUGGGCCCAGUGCAUGUCGGCCAGCCCCAUCCCCUUUCUGCGCAUUGAUUUUCUCUUGGCCCAGGGGAAGGAGGGGAAGGAGGUGCAGGUUUGGACUGGGGAGGUCAGUGAGUUGGGCGUGGCAGUGGAGCUUCAGGGGAUGAAUUCCCAUGAGAGCAGGGACUUGGUGAUGCAUGCGGUGGUCACCUCGCUGUUAAAGGGAUGA